AUGGGCGGAAGCAAGGGCAAAGCGCCCCAGCGCCGGGCUCGACCCGGGAGGCCAGCCUCAGCGGAGCAGGAGUCGGGGUCCGCCAGCGCUGACAGCGCCCCUAGCCGGGGUCGCAGGCUUGCCCGCGCCAAAGGCCACAAGACCAAGCCCGCUAAGGACCCUGACGCCACCAAAGGCAAGGGGACCACUGGAGGCCGCAGGAAGCCCACCGAAGAGGGGAACCACCGCUGCAGAGGUGCAGGGACUGGGGCAUCACUGGAGACCCGGGAGAGGCAGGGCAGCUCUCAGGGUCGGGGUCACAGGUCCACGGGGAGCCGUGAGCCCGGGGACAGUCAUGGGGAGCUCCCCGAGGAACAGAGACUCCCCGGGGAAGAAGAGUGGACGGUCAAGCGCGGCCGCCGCAGAAGAAAGGAGCAGGGACCAUCGGCUCCACGAGGCCACCGAGAGACUUCUGGCAGGGAUGGGGACACGUCGGGCGGGGAUGGUGGCAGCUCGUGCCUGGACAGUGAACACCACGAGGCCCUGGACAGCAGCAGCCAGGGUGGUGGAGCCUCGGAGCGGCCAAUCAAGACCAAGACUUCUGACACGAGCUCAGAAGGCGCCCUUACCAGAAGACCCGAGUCAACUGGCAGCAACCAUCAUGGCAAUGGUGGACAUGCCUUGGAGCUCCAGAGCAGGGAAGGGCCGUCGGGGACAAGGACUCAGGGAGUGAGUGAUGAUUCCCGGACAGAUACAGACUCGAGUCCCGGGUGGUCCGGGCACAGACGUCGCCCACGGAAGACCCCAGGAACCUCAAGCCGCAUCCCUGAGUCCCAGGAGACAGAGCUGGCCAGGGAAGCUGCUGUCUCCAGCUCUCUCGAGAAUAGCUGCGCAAGCGCCCCCAGGGGCUCUCAGGGUCCUCAGGACUCCAAAGUGAUCGCAGACACCAGUGACGUUGGGGCGCAGCCAAAGGCUGAGCUGCAAGGCACUGAGCCUGAGAAGGCGGAGGCCCCCAGGGCUCAGCGCCUCCAGGUCGCAGAGGUGGCGGGGAAGGUGCCGGUGGUUGUGAGCGAGAGUGACACGGGAGCCAGAGAGGGAGCAGGUGCAGGGGACCGACGACCCCGGGACCCGGCGCCGCUGGCUGCACUCGUGGUGCUCCGCAAGCUGCGCACGAGGGCCCCGGCUGGCACGUCUCCCCAGGUUGCGAGUGGCCUCCACGGGAGCCUCAAGGCGCGGCUGCAGCGUGUGGCGCGGGCCCUUGGCCUCCUGCGCUGGCUGCGACUGCGGGUGGAGCAACGUCGGGGCGAUGCGCGCAGGGCUAGCCCGCAGGAGCGUGAGGAGCGCGGCCGCGAGAGGGCGCUCGAGGCGCGGGGCGGGGCACCCGGGCCAUGGCGCUGGCAGGCCUUACGCCUGGCCUGUCGGGCGGUGCUCCGGGGACCGCCGCGGGCUCCCCCUGGCGGCAGUCCGAGCCCUCUGCAGGCGCUGAAUAGCUCAGGCUCAGACCGCGCAUCAGCCAUCGAGGAUGCAGCUCCAGAUCCAAAGUUCGCGGUGGUCUUCCCCCGGAUCCAUAGUGCGCAGGAGUCGUGCAGCGGCCCCUCAGGAGCAUCCACGGAUGCCCCCACUGGGGAAGGCCGCGUUUCGUCUCCUGCAGGGGCUGCAGAGUACAGGGAGGAGCAAGGGGCUAGUGAAGAAGGGGUGGUCAGGUCCCGCCAGACUCCCUCUUUUUCCCCAUCUGCCCCCAGUGGAACUUCACCGGAAGAGAACCGGAACGAAGCAGAGCCAGAGACCCCAGAAGUUGAGACUCCAGUGCACUGGGCGCAGGGCUCUACUCCCUGCGUAGACCCUGGGCUUGGCGCUGAUACUCUGCUGCCUCAACUUACCUUGGAGACCCGCCUACGGCAGAAUAGCCCUUGCAGGUCCCCAAGGGAGCGGUGGGAACCAGAGGAUGACGCUGAGGCAGCGCUGGAAAGGGAUCUGGAGCUGAGCAUCCGGAAGGACCUAGAGAUGCCACCCUUCCCCGGUGCUAAGACCAGGAGUCUCCCAGAGGGCCUGGAAGACGUUGAGGACCUCGCCCGGCUGCGGCUGGUGUGUGACAGCUCUGUGCUGCUGUGCCUCAAGAAGAGGUUCCACCUGGGCCGCAUCUAUACUUUCGGGGGGCCCCUCUUGCUUGCUCUGAACCCCCACCAGGCACUCCCUCUCUUCUCACCUGAGAUCUUGGCCAGCUACCAUCCCAGGAAGGCCCCGAACACCACUCCACACAUCUUUGCCAUCGGGGCAGCAGCCUAUAGCCUGUCUCAGAGCUCUGGACAGGACCCCUGCAUCCUCCUAGGGGGGCACAGUGGCUCAGGGAAGACGGAGACUGCCAAGAAGAUCGUGGAGCUUCUAAGCAGCCUGGGGCAGAAGCAGACAGAGGCCAGAGGGGCUCAGCUAAAGGACAUACUGCCCGUGCUCAGCAGCUUUGGCCACGCCAAGACCAUCCUCAAUGCCAAUGCCAGCCGCUUUGGCCAGGAGCUAUGCCUCUGCCUGCAGCAGGGAGUCACCGUAGGAGCCUCUGUGUCCCACUAUCUGCUUGAGACCUCCAGAGUAGUGUUUCAGGUAAGGACCCACCUCCUGCACCCUUCUCUGACUCCGAAAGUUGGAAGGAGGAGGAACCACAGCCCUCAAGCCCUGCUCACCCCUAAGCAAGUUUCUCUCUCCAAGGCCCAGGCUGAGCGAGGCUUCCAUGUUUUUUAUGAGCUGCUGGCAGGAUUGGACCCCAUAGAACGUGAGCAGCUCUCUCUGCAGGGACCUGAGGCCUACUACUACCUCAACCAGGGCAGAGCCUGCAGGCUCCGGGGCAAAGAGGAUGCCCAGGACUUCAAAGGGCUGGUGGAGGCCCUGCGGGUGCUGGGCUUGUGCGCAGAGGAGCUGACUGAAGUCUGGGCUGUGCUGGCCACCAUCCUGCAUCUGGGGAACAUCUGCUUCUCUUCUUCAGAGCGGGAGUCCCAAGAGGUGGCUGCUGUGUCCAGCUGGGCUGAGAUUCACUUGGCAGCCCGGCUGCUACAGGUGCCACCAGAUCGCCUAGAAGGGGCAGUCACCAAGAGGGUCAUGGACACGCCCUAUGGCCGCGUCUCCAGAUCUCUGCCGGUGGAAAGUGCUAUUGAUGCCAGGGACGCCCUGGCCAAGACUCUGUACACAAGGCUCUUCAACUGGCUUCUGAAGCAGAUCAACGUGAGGUUGGCUCCACCAAGGGAGGCAGACAGUGUGGGCACCAUCACUGUCGUGGACGCCUAUGGCUUUGAGGCGCUGCGGGUGAACGGCUUAGAGCAGCUGUGCAGCAACCUGGCCAGCGAGCGCCUGCGGUUCUUCUGCAGCCAGAGGCUGCUGGCCCAGGAGGAGGAGGAGUGCCAGCGGGAGAUGCUGAGCUGGGCACCCAUUCCCCAGCCUCCGAGGGAGUCCUGCCUGGACCUCCUGGUGGGCCAGCCCCACAGCCUCCUGAGCAUCCUGGACUCCCAGACAUGGCUCUCCCAGGCCACAGACCACACUUUCCUCCAGAAGUGCCACUAUCACCACGGUGAUCAUCCGAGCUAUGCCAAGCCUCAGCUGCCCCUGCCCAUAUUCACCGUACGGCACUCUGCUGGGACUGUCACCUACCAGGUGUACAAGUUCAUAAGCAGGAACAGGGACCACCUGGACUCUGCCAUGGUGGAGAUGCUUGGACAGAGCCAGCUGCAGCUUGUGGGCAGCCUGUUCCGGGAAGCAGAGGCGCAGGCUGGGAGAGAGCAGAGCAAACCCACACUGGCCUCUCGAUUCCAGCAGGCCCUGGGGGACCUGCUAGCCCGGCUAGGCAGGAGCCAUGUCUAUGUCAUCCACUGUCUCAACCCCACCCCUGGAAAGCUCCCAGGCCUCUUUGAUGUGGGGCACGUGGCAGAGCAGCUGCGCCAGGCUGGUAUCCUGGAGGUCAUAGGCGCCCGAAGUGCCCACUUCCCUGUGCGAGUGCCCUUCCAGCUCUUCCUGGCCAGGUUCCAGGCCCUGGGGUCAGGGAGACAGGAAGCUCUCUCUGACCAGGAGAGGUGUGGUACCAUCCUCAGCCAAGUGCUGGGGGCGGAGUCACCAGUCUAUCAUCUUGGAGCCACCCAGGUCCUACUACAGGAGCAGGGCUGGCAGCAGUUAGAGCAGCUGUGGGCUCAGCGGCGCUCGCAGGCCCUGCUCACUCUGCACCGUGGCCUCCGAGCCUGCAUCACCCGCCAGCGCCUCCGCCUCCUGCCCCGGAUGCAGGCUCGUGUGCGUGGACUCCAGGCCAGGAAGCGAUACCUCCGGAGGAGGUCAGCUCUGGGACAGCUGAACACUAUCCUCCUCGUAGCGCGGCCCCUGCUCCAGAGACGACAGAGGAUUCAACUUGGGCAUUCCCGUGGCCCGCACAGCAGGGAGGCCUGGGAAAAACUGUCAAGUAUGGACCUGGGGCGCUUGGAGAUCCCAGCCCAGCUGGCUGCCCUGCUGGAGACAGCUGAAGGCCACCAGGACGCCCUGGCUGGGAGCAUCACAGAGUCCCUGCCACCUGAGAUUCCUGUCCGGCCCAGCCUGACCCUCCCUCCGGACAUUGACCAGUUCCCAUUCUCCAGCUUCGUGUCCUCCAACUUUCAGAAGCCAUAUCUGCCUAGACCAGGGCAGCUGCUGGAUGAGCCCCUGACCCGGAUGGAUGGCGAGAAUCCUCAGCAGGCUCUGGAGAUCAACAGGGUGAUGCUGCGGUUCCUGGGGGAGGGAUUCCUGCAGUCCUGGCAGGAACAGACCAUGGGCACGUUCCUGAUUCGGAAGGCACAGAACCGGCCGGGACUUCGGGACGAACUCUUCAGCCAGUUAGUGGCCCAGCUGUGGCACAACCCAGAUGAGCAGCAGAGCCAGCGUGGCUGGGCCCUGAUGGCGGUUUUGCUCAGCUCCUUCUCCCCUACGCCUGCUCUACAGAAGCCAUUGCUCAAAUUUGUAUCUGACCAGGCCCCCCGGGGCAUGGCAGCAUUGUGCCAGCACAAGCUGUUGGGUGCCCUGGAGCAGACACCACUGGCUCCCAUGGCCUCAAGGGCCCACCCACCCACACAGCUUGAGUGGAAGGCUGGAUUGCGGCGGGGACGUAUGGCACUGGAUGUUUUCACAUUCAAUGAAGAAAGCUUCUCUGCAGAGGUGGAGUCCUGGACUACGGGAGAGCAGUUUGCCGGGUGGAUCCUACAGAGCAGAGGCCUGGAGGUGCCCCCUCGUGGCUGGUCCGUGUCACUGCAUUCUGGGGAUGCUUGGCAGGAUUUGGCUGGCUGUGACUUUGUGUUGGACCUGAUUGGCCGGACUGAGGACUUGGGAGACCCAGCUGGUCCCCACAACUACCCCAUCACUCCUUUUGGUUUAGCUGAGAACAUCCCUCCAGCCCCUGGUGUUCAGGCUCCCUCCCUGCCUCCGGGACUCCCUCCGGGACCAGCCCCAGUACUGCCCGGCAGCGGCCCCCCAGGUGAGGCCAGGAAGCCGGGAAACCUGGAUGGUUUCCUGGACCACCUCUUUGAGCCGGUCCUCUCCCCGGGCGUCAGUGAUCUGGAACAAGGCUGGGCCCUGAGUAGCCGCAUGAAGGGAGGGGGCUCCAUUGGGCCCACCCAGCAGGGCUACCCCAUGGUGUAUCCAGGCAUGGUGCAGGCACCCAGCUACCAGCCAGCUAUGAUUCCCGCACCUAUGCCCAUGAUGCCAGCAGUGGGCACAGUCCCAACCAUCCCGGCCAUGAUGGUCCCACCACAGCCACAGCCUCUGCUUCCCAGUUUGGACUCAAGGCAGCUAGCCUUACAGCAGCAGAACUUCAUCAACCAGCAGGCGAUAAUCCUGGCCCAGCAGAUGACCACCCAGGCCAUGAGCCUGUCUCUGGAGCAGCAGAACCAGAGGCGUCAGCACCAAGCUCAGGCCUCUGGGCCUACCGCCCAGGCUCCACCCUCAGCCACGGCUCCCAAGCCCAAGAAGCUGCCUACCCCCCAAGAGAAGCCAGAGAGUGACCUAGAACCUUCAGAUGUUUGCUUUAGAGAGGACACUCCAGAGGAGGCUGAAGUUGGGCCCCAGCGCCCCAGGAGCUUCCAACAGAAACGGGACUAUUUCCAGAAGAUGGGGCAAGAGCCUAUCAAGAUGAAGACAGUGAAGCCUCCGGCCAAGGUUCAAAUCCCCCAGGAGGAGACAGAGGAGGAUGAGGAGGAAGCAAGGACAGAGUUGCCCCCUCCACAUCCUCCCCCAGUUGUGAAGAAGCCAUUGAAACAAAGUAGGACCAAAGCUGUGAAGGAGGGUGAGGUGGAACCAGAAGAAGAUGAAGUGCCGGCCCAGGGCAGGGAGCCCACAGUGCAGAGCUCCACCUCCACACCUCAGCGCCCACAACCCAGCAGGGCACCCACAGUGCAGAGCUCUACCUCCACACCUCAGCGCCCACAACCCAACAGGGCACCCACAGUGCAGAGCUCCACCUCCACACCUCAGCGCCCACAACCCAGCAGGGAGAUCCGUAACAUCAUCCGAAUGUACCAGAGCCGUCCGGGCCCUGUGCCUGUGCCUGUACAACCCACCAGGCCUGUCAAAACUUUUCAGAAGAAAAAUGACCCUAAGGAUGAGGCUUUGGCCAAGUUAGGCAUAAAUGGUGCCCACUGGCCUCCAUCGACGGUAUCUCCUGACCUGGAGAAGAGCUCUCCCCCAGAUGUGGCUCCCAAACCCAAGGCUCGACCACGGCUUGAGCCCUCCUUAUCCAUCCAGGAAAGGCAGGGACCCCUUCGGGACUUGUUUGGCCCAUGUAGCCCAAGCCCGCCCACAACUCCAGCACCCCCACCUCCACCUCCACCAGCCCUUCCAUUGCCUCUGCCUGAGGAACCCAAGACCCUUCCAGUGGAGUCUCGUGCCUUGACAGAGCCCAUGAAGGACCAGGGCAUCUCCACUCAGCUUCUUGUGCCCUCUGGUAGCGUGUGCUUCUCCUACACCAAUGCAUCCUGGAAGUUGUUCCUACGAAAGGAGGUGUUCUACCCCCGCGAGAACUUCAGCCACCCCUAUUGUCUCAGCCUUCUCUGCCAGCAGAUCCUGCGGGACACCUUUGCAGAGUCCUGCAUCAGGAUCUCCCAGGAGGAGCGGCACAAGAUGAAAGACCUGCUGGGAGACUUGGAGGUGGGCCUGGACUCCCUUGAGACUGCUGAGGACAGCAUCAGAAAGCGCAUCGUGGUGGCUGCUCGAGACAACUGGGCCAAUUACUUCUCGCGCAUCUUCCCAGUCUCGGGUGAGAGUGGCAGUGAUGUGCAGCUGCUGGGUGUGUCUCACCGGGGACUGAGACUGCUGAAGGAGACCCAAGACCCCAGCUUCCACCUGGACCGGCUGAAGACACUUUGCUCCUAUAGCUUUGCUGAGGUGCUGGGGGUGGAGUGCAGGAGCAGCUCCAUCCUGGAGCUGUCACUCAAGAAUGAGCAGCUGAUCCUGCACACAGCCCAAGCGAGGGCCAUCAAGGCCAUGGUGGAGCAGUUCCUGAGUGAGCUCAAGAAGGACUCUGGCUAUGUCAUUGCCCUGCACAGCUACAUCACUGAUGACCACAGUCUCCUCAGCUUCCACCGUGGGGACCUCAUUAAGCUCCAGCCAGCGGUCACUCUGGAGCCAGGCUGGCAGUUUGGCUCUGCUGGGGGCCGCUCGGGACUCUUUCCUGCUGACAUGGUGCAGCCAGCUGCCGCUCCGGACUUCUCCUUUUCCCUGGGACACAGAAACAGCUGGCAGCGCAAGAGUAAGCCCCAGCAUCUCAAGGAGCCGGCUCAGGAGCGCCCCACCCAUCCCAGGAGCCAAGAACCCAGCGAAGGCUCAGAGGCCACCUCCUUCACAGCCUACAGCUCUUUGUCUGCUGACUCCCACAACUACACCAUGCAGGAAUUUGCCCUGCGCUACUUCCGGAAGCCUCAUACCUUGCUGACCCAGGCAAGUGGAGGUGCCAAAGAGAAGGUUGCAGCCAGCCUGACUCAGUACACCAAGGAUCCCAUCCAGGAAUCCCUCAUCUGCCUCAGCGGGGAGGACACAAACAGGAAGGCUGUGGCUGGCUUUAAGGCUCUGAUGCAGUUUAUGGGGGACCAGCCUAAGCCCCGGGGCACGGAUGAGCUGGCUCUGCUCUAUGAGCUGCUGAAGCUGUGCCAAGAAGACCUCAGGGAUGAGAUGUACUGCCAGGUCAUCAAGCAAGUCACAAAGCACCCUCAACCAAAGCACUGUGCUCUGGGCUGGAGCAUCCUCAGCCUCUUCACAGGCUUCUUCUCACCGUCCACCACUCUGAUGCCCUAUGUGACCAAGUUCCUGCAGGAUUCCAGCCCUAGUCAAGAGCUGGCCCGGAGCAGCCAGGAGAACCUCCAGCGCACAGUUAAAUAUGGGGGGCGCCAGAAGCUGCCACCACCGGGUGAAAUGCAAGCUUUUCUGAAAGGACAAGAAGUUCGUGUGCUUCUAAUUCAUCUGCCUGGGGGUGUGGACUACAGGACAAAUAUCCAGACAUUCACAGUGGCAGGAGAAGUGCUGGAGGAGCUGUGUGGACAGAUGGGCAUCACAGACACGCAGGAAGUGCAGGAAUUUGCCCUUUUCCUCAUCAAAGGGGAAGGUGAGCUAGUUCGGCCACUGUCGUCCCAUGAGUACCUCAACAGUGUGGUGACCGACCAGGACAUGAGCCUGCACAGCCGGCGGCUUGGCUGGGAGACCCCGCUGCACUUCGACCACCCCACCUACACUGAAACCCACUAUGGCCAGGUGCUUCGGGACUACCUGCAAGGGAAGCUGAUGGCCAGUGCCCAGGCAGAUGCUCAGCUUGCCCGGCUGGCAGCCCUCCAACACCUCAGGAAAGCCAGCAAAGGUCCCCCAUCAGAGCAAGAGCUGCUGGCGUACAUUCCCAAGCCACUGCAAUGGCAGGUGAACAGAGCCAACAUAAAGAGCUUGGUGGACCAGGAGCUGAGGCAGCUGCAAGGAUACAGCCCGCAGAGAGCACAGAUUGACUUUAUUGAGACCACGGCCCAGCUGCCCCUCUUUGGCUACACUGUGUAUGUGGUGCUGAGAGUGAGUAAGCUGGUUCUUCCUGGGCCUGUCCUCCUGGGGCUCAACCGCCAACACCUUGUCCUCAUGGAGCCCAGCUCCCAGAAACUCUGCUGCUCCAUCCCCCUAAAAGACCUGCAGCGGCUUCACCUGCUCAGCCCACUGGAGGACAAUGGGCCCCCUGGCCUGGAACUCAAUUAUGGCUCUGCUGACAACCCCCAGACUAUCUGGUUGGAGCUGCCUCAAGCCCAGGAGCUGCAGCACACCAUUGUCUUCCUGCUGGAGGGCAGCAUGUCCUCCACGCAGUGGCCAGGCCUCAGCUGAGAAGAGUGGAGAUAAGGCAGCAGCGUCUCACUGGGCAGUCUGCCUUGGAUGUUGGGUGGUUCUCGAUUGUCUUGACUGCCAGGCCCUGCUGAAACUUCCUGCAGCACAACCCCACGUGGAGGCUCUAAGGCAGGGGUGGCCACAGUGAUGUCAACUGGGAAAGCAAGCAGACACACUCCCUCCGGGUGUACUCAACCCAGAGCUGUAGGAACUUGGCUUGGGCAUCUGACGUCCUGCCUGGGGAAAAUGUCCACUCAGCUCUAGGGCCAGCACAGGGAGGGCCUGGAUGAAGCGGCUUCUGCACAAAUAAAAUGCCCAAGAAAAGGA